AUGGCUGAUGCAAUGAAAAAAUACAAGGUGACUAGAGUGUUCGGGGCUCCAUUCUGGAUUCUGGAGCUUGCCAAGGCGCUUGAGAAGCGAGGAAUUCAGCUGGAUAGUCUAACGACUAUUCUUCUGUGUGGCGCGAAGGCCACGCCCCAAAUGUUGAGGCAAAUCGAACGGUCGUUUGAUCUGGCCAUCGUCAAAGAAACUUACGGAGCUACGGAAGUCGCACGGAUAUGCAGACCCCCGUGGGGUGCCUCCCCUUGGUACGGCAUUGGAUUCCCGUCCCCGAUGGUACAAGUUAAGGUUGUUGAUGUCAAGAGUGGAAAAGUGCUUGGACCAAACGAAAAAGGAGAAGUGUUAGUGAAGACGCCAUGUUCCAUGAAGGGCUAUUACGGACAUCCGGAAGCUACAUCGCAGAAAAUUACUCCCAAUGGUUGGGUACGAACAGGUGACAUCUGCUAUUACAACGAAGACGGUCAAUUCUUCUAUGUCGAAAGAAUGAGCCAGUUCUUUAAAUGCAUGAACAUCCACGUGGCACCCUGCUUCAUUGAAAGCGUGUUGCUCAGCCACGAUGGAGUUGAAGAGGCAGCGGUCAUUGGUGUCCCCCAUCCACAAUAUCAUGAAGCGGCCUUGGCGUUUGUCGUGUUGAAGAAAUCUUGUGGCACAAUCACCGAGGCAGAGCUCCAAAACUUCGUUGCAGGCCAACUUGGAACCUACAUGCACCUCCACGGGGGUGUGAAAUUCGUUGACUCGAUACCAAAGAACGCCAACGGUAAAGUAGUGAGGAAAAAACUGCAGAUGCUUCAUCAAGAUGGAUAA